CCCCCUUUCUCUCCUCCUCACUGAGGAUGGCUACUGAGAUGAUGGCCACAGAGCCAGUGCAGCCUCUGGAGCUUUCAGAAGACAUACUGGACAAGUUUGAUCCUCACUGUGGCAGCUCAGAUGACCUUUCAGACCAGUUCAUUAAGGACUGCGACCUUAAAAAGAAGCCAAGAAAGGGGAAGAAUGUACAGGCCACUAUGAAUGUUGAGUCAGAGCAAAAGAAACCCAGGAGGAAAGAUACACCUGCACUGCACACCCCACCUUUCAUACCAGGUGUGAUUUCAGAACACUUAAUUAACAGAUAUGAUGUUCAAGAGAGAGUUCCAAAGGGCAAAACAGGCCCAGCUCUUCACAGCACCGACAUGGAACAGAAAAGGCCAAGGAGGAAAGACACACCUGCCCUGCACAUGCCUCCCUUUGUUGCAGGUUUGACUCUGCUCGGAGAUGAGAGUCCCAGAGUGAUUAUGGAAGAUGACGAAAAGGAUGGUGACAAGCUAACUAUUUAAAGAUACCUCCCCCGAGAUUGUGUGUAAAUAGGUUAGAUCAGUUCCCAAUGGUGACCUAAAGGAAAAAAAAUAGAUUUGUCUCUGCUCUCAUUUUGUCCUAGUCUGCCUCUAAGAUUUAGACUCCUCCUUCCCAGGAGACCUACUGGUCAGAUUGCCAGUCACCUCCUUAUCUUUCCUCUUGAGCUGCUUUCCAGCCCCGCUUCUUGAACUUCCAUUUCCCCACGCAGUGAGAAGGAUGUUUUUCU